UGUUUUCAUCUCCUGAUCGAUCCGAGAUUGAAUUGUAGAACCAGCGUUCAAUCAACAGGAAUAAAAGUUAAAUAUUCAACUGUUUCCCCUUCAUUAACCACAGCCGCUCAACCUUCAAGCAUGGCAACUCAAGUAAGCAUCGACCAGCUGGACAAGGACCAAAUCAAAUCGUUCUCGGACUUCCUGCUGUCGUACAACAAACUGUCCGAGCUGUGCUUCGUGGACUGCGUCAGCGAGUUCACCGGCCGAACCAUCUCCGACAAGGAGGACAAAUGUUCGCUCAACUGCAUGGAAAAGUUCCUGAAGAUGAACCAGCGGGUGUCGCAGCGCUUCCAGGAGUUCCAAAUGCUGGCGAACGAAAAUGCCCUCGCUGCGGCCCAGAAGCUGGGUGCAAAAUAAUAUCAAAACACUGCUUGUUGCUUUUGUAUCUAUACACUAGCGUUUAUUGUAACGUUUUAUUUUAAUAGUUAUUUAGCUUGAAAUACAUU